AUGGGGCCUCGGCGCCGAGUCAGGGUGGCCAAGUGCCAGAUGCUGGUCGCCAGCUGCUUUAUCCUGGUGCUAGGCCUCUCUGUGGCCGCCGCGGCAGCCCUCACCUACUUCGGUGCCCACUUUGCUGUCAUCGGCCGCGCGGCCCCGGAGAGGGCCUCCUACCAGCCAGUGCACCGCCGGGCCGUGUGCUCGGGUGUCGGGCUGGCGGCGCUGCUGGCCUUGGGGGCCCUCCUGAGUGCUGCUGCCACCGUGCGGGAGGCCGCGGGCCUCAUGGCCGGGGGCUUCUUGUGCUUCGCGCUGGUGUUUUGCGCCCUGGUGCAGGUGGCCUUCUGGCGGUCCCGGAGCCCAGCGCAGGGCUGCCUGCAGAGCAUCCGGGGCUUCCUGAGGACCCAGGCGCACGUCGCCACCACGCUGACCAGCGUCGGCCUGGCCGCCACGCUUUACGCCAUGCUGCUCAGCUCCUUCCUCUGGUUUGCCAUCCGCGCGGGCUACAGCUUGGACCGCAAAGGCAAAUACACCCCGAAAUCAAGGGCCGAGAAGACAAGCACCGGCCACAGAGGGGGCGGGGCGCCCCAGACCAGCACACGGACGCGCUCCCCGGCCCCCGGCGGCCCCACGGCCAGCGACACGUCUGGGCGCCAGCCCCACGGCCUGUCCCCCGGGGGUGGGGCGGGGAAGGAGGGCCCCUACAUCAACAGGCUCGAGCGAGCAGCCGAGGGGGCCCAGGGGACAGGCUGGGCAGAGGACCGCUGA